UUUUCAUCUACCUGUGGGUUUCUUCUCGACAACAACACCACCACCACAAUGCCAGACAACAACCCCGCAGAAGAAGAAGAAGAAGAUUACUUCCUCCCUUUAGAGGACCAACGCGUCUUCGGCGCCGGGAUCCGCCGCAAGCGCGUCCCCUUCGUGCGCUCCUCCGACGGGCCCGACCUCAACACCACCGACGCCGCCCUCCACCGCCAUGCCGCCGCGUCCACCGCACCUAGUACAACGACAGGCGCCACCAUCGCGAACACAUACCUCUCCAUCGUCCUCGCGAAAUCCGCUACGCCUAUCCCGGAGGAGUCCACAGUAGAUUUCCCAGCCAUAGCUCCAUCCACCACCACCACCACCACGAAUACCCCCACCACCACCACUACAGCAGCAGCAGCAAUUCCACAAUCCCACUCCGCACCAACACCACCAUCAACCACCACCACUCCCCCUGUCGAACACAACAACAACCCGAACCCGACAUCUCAAAUCUGCCAAAUCUGCAGCCUCCCUUACACAGCAGCAUCAUCCUCAUCAGAGACCCAAACCGUAACAGAAACCACCCCCCAUCCCCACCCCCGCCCCCGCCCCCACGAAGCCUCCCUCGCGCACCAACUCUGCCUCACCCACUCGCACCCGCCCUCGCACCUGGACCGCACCCGCCCGGGCCUGCGCUACCUAGCCGCCUACGGCUGGGACCCGGACAGCAGGCUGGGGCUGGGGGCGCCGGGGCGGGAGGGGAUCGUGGCGCCGGUGAAAGGGAAAGUGAAGGUUGAUACGGUGGGGUUGGGGGUUGCAGGCCAAGCAUCGGAUGAGGAGGGGGACUACAAAAGACGGAGGCGCGGGGGCGGCAAGGAUGCCGGGGGCACCAGGGGCAGUGGGAAAGUGCAGAAGUUGAAUGCCAAGGAGGUGCGGAGGGGGCAGGUGGAUGCCAGGAAGCGCGGGGAGAGGCUGCGCGAGCUGUUUUAUCAGGAUGAGAGGGUUUUGAGGUAUCUUGGGGGUGGUUGAAUUCAUUUGGCGAGGGGAGGGGAGUUCUGGAAUGUUUAGUGGCCUUGUUUCUGUGGCGUACGUUUAGAUACCCUCCAUUAUUUAUUGUCUAUGAAUUAUUUUUCGUUGUCCGGGAUGCGUGUACACUUUGCUUUGCUGAUCUUGCUAAGAUGGAUUAGGGCCGGAGAUAGCUCGAAACUAACAGACAAUUGAACUUGGUAUCACAGCUGCGCUAGAUGAGAUCAGGGUUGAGCUAUGGAGUGGGCUACGGGGCAAGAGUGGCAGAACAGCCUAUCGGAAAAAGUGGUGGCGUUUCUUCUCCUUCUUCUCCUUCUCCUUGUGCUCUUUGCCUGGCUUGGAGCUGGUAGGAACCGGAGCCGGACUCGGCCCGCCGCUGGGAGCC